AUGAAUUUUAGUGGCUUAAACGGCGAAUCAUCGUUUCCUGGAAUGGCUUCCUUCGAUGGAACAUCAAGGAGAAUGGUUUUGCUCAAAGUCAGUGGAGAAGCUCUUGCUGCCUUGCUGGAGACGAAGAACGGAAUAUUGAUACAAAGGUUUUUGUGGUCCUUAGAAGUGAAUGAAAUGGUUGACUCUAUUUCCAAAGCCAGGAGCAAGGACGAAGGAAAUAGGUUUAUAGAGCAAUACCGCUUAGCUUAUGGCUUACACGAAUCGCUUAGCACGUGA